UGAAGGUGCACCACAAGUAUCAUGUUACUUCGUAUUUGGAGAGUCGUAUUUGUCAAUGGAAUAUAACAAUGAUCUUAACACAACGGCAAAGGCUAAUUACGUACUUUAUGGGGUGGACUUCCCGGAUGAUCGUCCGACCGGCUGUUUCACCUACGGCCGUAACAUGGCUGACGUCCUAGGUCUUAAGUCUUAACUAGUUAAUUAGUUUGUUGUGAAACUUAAUCUCAUUUCUAUAUAUGGAUUUCUCUAAUUAGUGUUUCUUUACUAGAUUGAUCUAUACUUAAUGUUUGAAGAGAAAUACAUAUGGAGUAUAUUCGUUUGUUAAGUGUUCCACAUUUGUACUUGAGGGAAUGGACAAUGAUUCGUAAUUAAUUAUAUGAUCUUGAACAUGUAUUCCUCAUUCCAUAGUGAGCUUUUGAGUUGAGUUAAAUCUAAGGUUUAUUAACUUAACACGGUGUAUAUACAUCAGAGCCAAAUAUAUAUAUCUUUGUUAUCGUACAUUUGAGUCACAUGUUAUAUUGUUCAGAUACCAGAUCGAUGUUCAGUGAGGUUACCAUUGAUGUCUCACACAUUGUGAAUGAGGAGAAUGUUGUCUCUCCAUAUAAAGCUAGUCGAUCUUGGGCAAACUUACCUAAUGACCUAGAUUUUCUGGAUUGACUUGAUUUUUCUCCAUGUUUGCAGCUGAACUCCUGGGAUUUGAUCUCUACAUUCCCCCUUUUGCAAAGACAGAAGGUAGUGAGAUCUUGGAUGGUGUAAAUUAUGCAUCUGGUUCAGCUGGAAUUUGCUAUAACAGCGGAAGUCAUCUUGGUGAUCGCAUUUACUUGGGUAGGCAGUUGGAGAAUCAUCAAUCAACAGUUUCUCGUAUAUCUAAUUUAGUGGGAAAUACAACUUCAGCUGAAAAGCACUUGAAUAAGUGCCUAUUCAUAGUUGCAUUAGGGAGCAAUGAUUACAUCAACAAUGACUUGUUGCCUGAAAUAUAUCCCUCAAGUCGGUUAUAUGCACCAAGCCAGUAUGCAACUGCCUUGAUUGAUCAAUAUUCACGACAUCUAAGACUUUAUAUGAAGAAGAUGGAGCAAGGAAAGUUGCCUUAUUUGGACUAGGGCCAGCAGCAUUCCAGCAGAGCUACAAGUAGAUGUGUGAGUUCAACAAAUAAUGCAAUUCAACUAUUCAACAGCAAGCUAUAUCUAUUAUAAGUAUCCAAAUGCGUAAGCAACGGAACAAUUGGGGUUUAAUGGUAAUAUUCCACCCUAUGCAUCUACUAGGGGCAGAGAUAUCCUGAGAGGUGUCAAUUAUGCUUCUGCGGCUGGUGGAAUUAGAGAUGAAACUGGUAGACAAUUGGGAGGAAGGACUAGUUUUCCUGGACAAGUGAAUAAUUACAGAAACACAGUGCGACAAGUUGUGCAAAUUUUAGGAAAUGAAAAUGCAGCUGCUGAUUACAAAUAUUAAUUAUUGUGGAAUUGACAUCUAAUUACUAUAAGAUGUAAUCACAAGUGUUUAAUAUAUAUUUUUAGUGCUUUUUUGUUUUGUUUUAAUCAUAAAAUAUUGUAC